UAGCGUCCAUGGGAGGAGACGAUCUCGAUGACUUUAAUCUUGAAAAUUAUUCCAACAGUUCCGCUGAAGAAGAACUCGAGGAAAUUCAAACUGGGGACCUACUGGCGAGUUCACAGUUUGACAACGAUGAUGGAGAUGAUGGAGAGGCAGACUUGGAUUCCAGUGCUACGGACAAGAAACGGAAAAGGAGGGAGAAAAUGAAGGAAAGGAAAGCUAAACGGCGAAAACUUGUCGAAGAAAGAGAUACUGAUGAACCGCAAUCGUUAGCAGCACGACCACACAGUGAACUGGCCACUUAUCUGUCAGAGAUGACGCACAAAGUUUACGCUGAUUCAUCGGACCUGGAAUUAGAGAAUUUACGAAUACCUGAGUCUUCAAUAGCGGACACCACUGUCUGGACAGGGUCGCGAACGCUGGAUCAGCUCAGCUCCUUUAUUCUGAAAGUUCUUCCUAGCCUUCAUACACGACUUCUCAUGAAAUCCAAGGCCAACGGAGCUCCGACUCUCAUCUUUGUAACAGGAGCAGCAUUACGAGUCGCCGACGUAACACGAAUUCUCAAGAGCAACCAGUUGAGAGGUGACAAGAGUGGCGAUGUGGCUAAACUCUUUGCGAAACACUUCAAGCUUUCCGAGCACGUCUCUUACCUCAAGAAAACUAAGGUGUGUGCCGCUGUGGGUACACCAGGAAGGUUGGGAAAACUUUUGUGCGAUACCGAUGCUCUAUCUACUUCAGCCCUAACUCACAUCAUUCUGGAUAUUACUUUCCGCGAUGCAAAGAAGAGAAAUCUUCUCGAUAUUCCCGAAACAAGAGGAGAAGUUUUCAAAACAGUCUUGGGAUGCCCCAGCGUCCGACAAGCUCUUCAUGCAGGCAAAGUUCAGCUGGUGCUCUUUUGAGUUGCUUCUUGUCCUCGACAUAUUAUAUAUUAUACCUCAUGGCAUAUCGGGGUUCUACAUG